AUGAAAACAUUCCUUUCUAGAAUCGCUAUUCAUGAUAACAAAAAUAUAGAAGCGUAAUCCAAGAGAGGGGAUUUUUUAUUUGCGAGAAGAAUGAUCCUUCCUGCGUGCAAUGCUACACCAACUCAGCUUCCUCACCCUCCAAAAUCACCUUCAUCAAAUUCACUUCCAAAUCAAACUCAUUCCACUUUUUCUAAUACUAACACCAACACCAACCAAGGCCUCUCCCUGAGACACACCACAAAAUAUAACGACCCCAUUGUAUCAUGGACAACGUCCAUAGCUGACUAUUGCAAAAGUGGUCACUUGGUAAAAGCUGCUUCCAAAUUCGUGCAAAUGAGAGAAGCUGCUAUUGAACCCAAUCACAUCACUUUCAUCACGUUACUCUCUGCUUGUGCUCACUAUCCCUCACGUAGUAGUAUCUCCUUCGGAACUGCCAUACAUGCACAUGUUCGCAAACUGGGCUUGGACAUCAACGAUGUCAUGGUGGGCACUGCACUGAUUGACAUGUACGCUAAAUGCGGUCGUGUGGAGUCCGCUAGGUUGGCAUUCGACCAAAUGGGUGUCAGAAAUUUGGUGUCUUGGAACACGAUGAUUGAUGGGUACAUGAGGAAUGGGAAAUUCGAAGAUGCCCUCCAAGUGUUCGAUGGAUUGCCCGUGAAGAAUGCUAUUUCUUGGACUGCGCUAAUUGGUGGGUUUGUGAAGAAAGAUUACCACGAGGAAGCUCUAGAGUGCUUUCGAGAAAUGCAGCUUUCUGGUGUGGCACCUGAUUAUGUGACUGUUAUUGCCGUCAUUGCUGCGUGUGCCAACUUGGGCACACUCGGUCUUGGCUUGUGGGUGCACCGACUUGUGAUGACACAAGAUUUCAGGAACAAUGUUAAAGUUUCCAACUCUUUGAUAGACAUGUAUUCUCGUUGUGGAUGCAUAGACCUUGCUCGUCAAGUGUUUGAUAGAAUGCCCCAGAGAACCUUAGUGUCAUGGAACUCGAUCAUUGUGGGUUUUGCUGUUAAUGGGCUUGCGGAUGAGGCUCUGAGUUACUUCAAUUCGAUGCAGGAAGAAGGGUUCAAACCAGAUGGGGUCAGCUACACAGGUGCUCUAAUGGCGUGUAGUCAUGCUGGACUAAUUGGUGAGGGACUUAGAAUCUUUGAACACAUGAAGAGAGUUCGUAGAAUUUUGCCUAGAAUCGAGCAUUAUGGUUGCCUAGUGGAUCUCUAUAGUAGAGCAGGUAGGUUAGAGGAGGCAUUGAAUGUGUUGAAGAAUAUGCCCAUGAAGCCAAAUGAAGUGAUUUUGGGGUCAUUGCUCGCAGCUUGUAGGACUCAGGGGAACAUUGGUUUGGCUGAAAACGUGAUGAAUUAUCUUAUUGAAUUGGACUCUGGGGGAGAUUCCAAUUAUGUGCUUCUUUCUAACAUAUAUGCUGCGGUUGGAAAGUGGGAUGGUGCAAACAAGGUUAGGAGGAGAAUGAAGGAGCGUGGUAUACAAAAGAAACCAGGCUUUAGUUCCAUUGAGAUUGACUCCAGCAUUCACAAAUUUGUUUCCGGUGAUAAAUCUCAUGAGGAAAAAGACCAUAUUUACGCAGCAUUGGAGUUUCUGUCCUUCGAGCUGCAAUUAUGUGGCUAUAUUCCAGAUUUCUCUGGAAAAGAAUCUUAUGAGGAUGGUUAAAUUUUGUAAUUGAGUUGCACACUCACAGUUAGGUAACAGACCUAUUAAUUCAGUUCAAAAAAGUAAUUGAUUAUACAAA